AUGGUGGGGCAGAGCCCCCCCUGUGAGGGCAGCAGUGCUGUGCUCCUGGAGCCCUUCGUCCAUCAGGUCGGCGGCCACAUGAGCAUGAUGAAGUACGAUGAGCACACGAUCUGCAAGCCCUUGGUCUCGCAGGAGCUGAGCUUCUACGAGUCACUGCCCUUGGCCAUGAGGCAGUUCACUCCCCAGUACAAAGGCAUCGUCUCCGUGCACCUCAAGAAGGACAGCCUGGGGAAUAUGAUGCUCAUCGCCAGCCCCAGCCUGGACAAUGCCACCAGUGACCCUGCCGUGAAGCUAUGGCACAAAUACAAGUGGGCUGCCGGCACCGGCACAGGUGGUGAGCGCGCAUUCGGCACGUGGAGCCACACACAGGUCACCAGGACCUUCAAAGAGAGCUGCCCAGGGAAGAGGCUGUUGAGGACAGACCUUCAGUACUGCACAGAUUCGCUUCUGGAAGAUGCAAAUGGAAACCAGCCAGAAAGAAAGAGUUACAACCCCUGGGGACUGCACUGUCACCGGCAGCACCUGAACCGCAUGUCCUCCAAGCACAACGAGAACAAACUGCAUCAGUUUCUGUUGCUUGAAAACGUGGUAUCAAAAUACAACUAUCCGUGCAUCCUGGACUUAAAGAUGGGAACGCGGCAGCAUGGUGAUGAUGCCUCGGAGGAGAAGAAAGCCCGGCACAUCAAGAAGUGUGAGCAAAGCACCUCUGCAUCUCUGGGUGUUCGCAUCUGUGGGAUGCAGGUUUACCAAGCAGACACUGGCCAUUUUCUCUGCAAAGACAAGUAUUAUGGGAGGAAACUCUCUCCGGAGGGAUUCAAGCAAACCCUGCGCCAGUUCCUGUGCAAUGGCAACCACCUCCGGAUGGAUCUCCUGGAGCCCAUCAUCCUGCGGCUGAAAGCUCUGCUCUCUGUCAUUAGGAAGCAAAGCUCUUACAGGUUCUACUCCAGCUCCCUUCUCAUCAUUUACGACGGACAGGAGCCCAAGGAGAACACGGCACCCUUGGAUAACCACCUUCACUUCCAAAGAACAAACUGCACCACCUCACACGGCACUCAUCACUCCAGAGUUGACGUGCGGAUGAUAGACUUUGCCCACACCACAUUUAAAGGCUCCAAGGGCAAUCACACCACUUACGAUGGGCCAGACCACGGCUAUAUUUUUGGCUUGGAGAACCUCAUCAAAAUCCUUCAGAACAUCUCUGAAGGAAAAUGA